GACUGAUCAUAGAAAUAUACACUCUCAUACUAUAUAUAACUAAGUAACAUAUAAACAGAUGGUGGGAAGAACGGGGAUCGCCAAAGCACCAACGCUGCUGUUAAGGAGUUGGAAGCAAUUUCAAGGGCGUGCUGCAGGAAUAAGUAGCAAAGCUGCGAAACCAAACCCGAGGACCGUCAGUUACUUUGAAGAUAUUUCUGACCAUAAUCUCAACUUUGGCGGCGAAGAGGAGAGCUGGAAACCACACCCACGCACCGGAAUAUUCUUUCCUCCGGGACAAGAGGCGGUGAUGGAAGACGUCCCUGACGGUGCAGCCUCCUUGGACAUGACGUUUUGGAUUAGGAACGUCGACGGUGUUGAUAAACCAGAUCCUGAUCUUCAUCAUCACCUUACUUACUAGAAAAAUCAAAUUAAUAUGUUAAUAGUUAAUACUAAUUAAUCUUAUGAUUGAGAGAGAUGACAAAAUCAUAAGGGGAAACUAUAUAUAUUAUAGUAUGUAACUAUGUAUAUUGAAUAAUCUCAAGGAAAUGAGGAACGGUAUACGUACAACGUAACGUUUGAUUAUGAUCCUUUUCAUAUAUAUGAUGGAUGAAGAGGUUUAAUAGUUAA